UUACAUCAUCAAUCUGUGUGAAAAUGGCGGGAGUGUCGUGGAAUCUGUGACGGUUUCGUUUAGUUCUUUUCGAUAUUUCCUCGUGUAUUUCCAGAAAUUUAGACGUUUUGUAAAUAUCUACACAAAGUAACGAUUUCUGUAUAUAAGUAGAAAUAUAAAAGACACCAAAAUGAGCAGCGUCGAGGCGUAUGGACCCAGUUCUCAGUCGCUAACUUUCCUAGAAACCGAGGAGAACGAUCUGCUUAUGGGAGCGGACACGCAAGGGACCGAGUUCGACUUCACGGACUUCACCCUCCCCUCCCAGACUCAGACGCAGAGUCAGGCAAGUCAGCUGGAGCACCAGAAUCUUCACAGUCAGGUGAAUGGACAAGACGCCUCCCUGCAGAAUGGUCUGGACGAUGGGAUCGGAGCUGCCACACAGGCCAUGGGAGAACUCAACUUUGAGGAAGAAGAAGAGGAGGACACUUACUACACCAAGGACCUGCCAAAUCAUGCCUGCAAGUUUUGUGGUAUCCACGACCCCAACUGUGUGGUGAUGUGUGGGAUGUGCAAGAAAUGGUUCUGUAACGGCCGUGGAAACACAUCUGGCAGCCACAUCAUCAACCACCUGGUGAGGGCCAAGCACAAAGAGGUGACCCUGCACAAGGACGGUGCCCUGGGAGAGACGGUGCUGGAGUGUUACAACUGUGGCUGUCGGAACGUCUUCCUGCUGGGCUUCAUCCCCGCCAAGGCUGACUCAGUCGUGGUGCUUCUGUGUCGGCAACCAUGUGCGACCCAGUCCAACCUGAAGGACAUGAACUGGGACCAGACCCAGUGGCAGCCCCUGAUCCAGGACCGCUGCUUCCUGCCCUGGCUGGUCAAGGUGCCGUCGGAGCACGAGCAGCUGCGGGCUCGCCAGAUCACGGCACAGCAGAUCAACAAGCUGGAGGAGAUCUGGAAGGAAAACCCUAAUGCCACCCUGGAGGACCUGGAGAAGCCCGGCGUAGAUGAGGAGCCCCAGGCCGUGCUUCUGCGAUACGAGGACGCCUACCAGUACCAGAACAUCCUGGGCCCUCUGGUCAAGCUGGAGGCUGACUACGACAGGAAACUGAAGGAGUCUCAGACCCACUCCAACAUAACAGUCCGCUGGGACCUGGGUCUGAACAAGAAGCGGCUGGCGUACUUCACCAUGCCCAAGACUGACAGUGACAUGCGGCUCAUGCCUGGAGACGAACUCCGCAUCAGGUAUGAAGGAGAGCUGGGGCCGAAGUGGAAGGAGGUUGGACAUGUCGUCAAGGUUCCAGAUAACUACACAGAAGAUGUGUGUAUCGAGCUGCGCAGCAAUGCUGGAGCACCUGUUGAUCUGACCCACAACUUUGCCAUCGACUUUGUCUGGAAGUCAACCUCCUUUGACAGAAUGCAGGCUGCCAUGAAGACAUUUGCAGUAGAUGAGACGUCAGUGUCAGGGUACAUCUACCACAAGCUGCUUGGUCAUGAGGUGGAGGAUGUGGUGAUGAAAACUCAGCUGCCCAAACGUUUCUCAGCUCCAGGGCUGCCUGAGCUCAACCAUUCACAAGUCUACGCUGUCAAAACUGUCUUACAGAGGCCUCUUAGCCUCAUUCAGGGUCCCCCUGGUACAGGGAAGACAGUGACGUCAGCCUCCAUCGUGUACCACCUGGCCAAGCAGAACAACGGCCAGAUCCUGGUCUGUGCGCCCAGCAACAUCGCCGUGGACCAGCUGACCGAGAAGAUCCACAGGACGGGGUUAAAGGUCGUGCGUCUGUGUGCCAAGAGCAGAGAGGCGAUCGACUCCCCAGUGUCAUUCCUCGCACUCCACAACCAGAUCCGCAACAUGGAGAGCCUACCUGAACUGCAGAAGCUGCAGCAGCUGAAGGAUGAGACUGGGGAGCUUUCAUCAGCUGACGAGAAACGGUACCGGACACUCAAGCGUAAUGCAGAACGUGAACUCCUACAGCAUGCAGACGUGAUCUGCUGCACCUGUGUGGGAGCAGGCGACCCCCGUCUGCAGAAGUUCCAGUUCCGCACAGUCCUGGUGGAUGAGAGCACCCAGGCCACGGAGCCGGAGUGCAUGGUGCCCAUCAUCCUGGGCUGCAAGCAGCUGAUCCUAGUAGGAGAUCACUGCCAGCUGGGCCCUGUGGUGAUGUGUAAAAAGGCGGCGCGGGCCGGACUGUCGCAGUCCCUGUUUGAACGGCUAGUCGUCCUGGGCAUCCGACCAAUCAGGCUGCAGGUGCAGUACCGUAUGCACCCUGCUCUCAGCGCCUUCCCAUCCAACAUUUUCUACGAAGGGUCACUGCAGAAUGGGGUGACUGCUGCUGAACGCACCAAGAAAGGGUUAGACUUCCCCUGGCCACAGCCUGAUAAGCCCAUGUUCUUCUAUGCCACCAGCGGACAAGAGGAAAUCGCCAGCUCAGGAACAUCCUACCUCAACAGGACUGAGGCCUCCAAUGUGGAAAAGAUCACCACCAAGUUCCUACGGGCAGGGGUUAAGCCAGACCAGAUCGGCAUCAUCACACCGUACGAGGGUCAAAGGGCAUUUGUGGUGCAAUACAUGCAGUUUGGCGGGCAGCUGCAUACCAAGUUGUACAUGGAAGUGGAGGUGGCGAGUGUGGAUGCAUUCCAGGGACGAGAGAAGGACUUCAUCAUCCUGUCCUGUGUGAGAGCCAACGAGCACCAGGGCAUCGGCUUCCUGAACGACCCUCGCCGACUCAACGUCGCCCUGACGAGAGCCAGGUAUGGCAUCAUCAUUGUUGGGAACCCAAAAGUCUUGUCCAAGCAACCUCUGUGGAAUAACCUGCUGGUGGAUUACAAGGAACAGAAGGUGCUGGUAGAAGGCCCCCUGAACAACUUGAAGGAGAGCAUGGUUCAGUUCAGCAAGCCCCGUAAGCUGGUGAACCCGACCAACCCGGGAGGGCGUUUCAUGUCCACCACCAUGUGGGACGCUCGGGAAGCUCUCAUCCCUGGGGGGGCAUACGACAGGUCAGGGGCAUUCAAUGGAGGCCCAGGGUAUGGCAGUAAUGACUACUACCGCCCACACGACCAGAUGAGUAUGAUCAGCAGUGAACACUCGCAGGCAGCAGGCAUGGCUCUACCCAUCCCUGUGGGGAUGUUCAUGCCUCCAGCUCACCCGCCUGGACCUUACUAUGGGCAGGGUGUCCCAGGGAGACCACCUGUAAGUCGUGGGCCCAACAGGAAGGGUGGGCGUGGCCAGCGUCAGCAGAAGAACACCUACAACAGCUACAACUCCAUGCAGAGUCAGUCCAGUCAGGAUGCCUCCCAGCCGUUCUCCCAGGGUCCCCUGACCCAGGGUCACCUGUCCAUGUCCCAGCCGUCCCAGAUGGGUCAGUCUGGCCUGUCCCAGCCGGGCCUGUCCCAGCCCGAACUCUCCCAGGAUAGCUACCUGGGCGAUGAGUUCAAGUCCCAGGCAGAUGCUGUCUUGUCACAAGACUCCACUUACCAGGGGGACAGGGCAUACCAACACGCAGGAUUCUCCCAGUAUUGAGGAGUAAGCAGAGGAUCAGGACGGAGAGGAGACCUCCUGAGAUGAGGGGGAGGAGUGGCGGCUAGAGGAGGGGUGUCACCGCCCACACAGCAUGGGCAUGGACAUACCCACAGCCAAACACAACCAAUGUUACAUCACAGUGGACCAUGUGACUGUCAGAGCAAUGACCAGAACCACUUGAUGUUAAACCCUUUCCUAUUGGCUAAUAACAGAGCUUUCAUGCCUUAAAGAAUUGUUCAGGAGGGAUAAUGAUACCUGCUUUGGGCAGUGUAACUUUUAAAAAAUGUGUAGCUUUAAAGAUAUUGUCAAGUCAAGUCAAGUCAAGCUGGAAAUGUAAGGAGUAAGGUGUAAACAAACGGGUAGUCCCCAUGUGUACAACAAUGCCAAGCAGGACCUGAGAAGACAAUGAACUGAACAUAUCUUUGAAGUAUGAAAGAGUCUUGUAAGUUCUUGUACCAUUCACUGAUCGUAGGCUGUUUCUUUGCCUUUUAGUAAAACAACUUUCCAUAGGGGAGAAACCGUUCCUUCCCUGUGAAGGCAGCAGUGUCGUGUGUCUGUUGGGGUAUGGCGAUGAUCUAUGCCAUACAGGGCUGAGUACUGAAAGAGAGGGUGUUCCAGAAUGUAGGGGGGCCACGGGUAAAGAUAGAGGAUAACCCAAUGACACUGUUAUAAGACCUGAGUGUGUCAGGAUUGAGGAGGACAGAACACAGCACGGGGUAACCGGUUACGUGCCAAAAUACACAGAGAAAGCUCGAAGCUUAGCAACAUGUUGUUGCUUACAACAGGCAUGAGCUGAUCCUAACAAAACCCACCACGUCCAGAUGUGAUCCAAGCCUGGUGUGGGUGAGGAGGCUGCAGCUGGACCAAACCAGAGCAAACAGCAGCAAGGCAGGGGAAACACCCAGGCAGGGAGGACAGCCUUCGGCACAGGGUUUACAACAUCAAACCCUCAAGAGGCUUCAAACAGAAGAUCCUGUUUCCAUAUCGAUAUCUGGAGCUCAUGGCAUACUGUUGGCCAGAUUGGGAGAUGGUAUACAGCACUAACAGCUCACAAGGGAAUCAGCUCAAAAUAUUCUUUACCACUACAAAUCACAUGUAGGCUCCCAUGCUGUCAUGUGAGAUCCAUGUGCGAGUAAAGAAACCAAGCACCUGACUGUGAUGACACACCACCACCAUAACCUGUGUGCACAGCAGAAGCCGUGACAUGUACAUGAUUAACAACAAUCCCUACAUGUACAUACUGCCAUGAGACUGCACUACCUGGUCUGAGCAGAUCACCAAUUAGCACCGUGUGUUUCAAGACGGUCAAUUGGAAGACCCAGACAUCCACACAUGUCCAAUUACCUCAGAUUUGUAAUGCAUGCAUGUGUGUUAUGCAUUACACAUUUCAAACAAUCAAAUCUUACAUAAUUACUUCAUGAAGAUAAUUGUAAGCACGUAAACCUGACCGAGAAAUGGUUUUCCUGUCACAGUAAGAUCUGUCCCUGAAAAAGAAUGAAUUAGGCGUGACAGCAGGAAGGCGAAUGUUAUAGAAUACCAUUCUCAAAUCUCCCAAUAGCUGUGGUGAAUUAGGAACUGUGAGAAUUAAAUGGUAUACUGGCCCCCCUACUCUGGGUAUUAUAAACUGCACAGCAGUUAAAUCUUAUGUCUAAGUUCCAUAUCUUUCUUCUUCAUUGCUUGUUUCUCAAUCAGUUAGAAACCUUGCUGUCAUGUUGUGUUCACUGUAAGAUGGAUCUGGCAGACAGAUAUUCUGUUUGGUUUACUCCUAUGUCAUGGUGGUGGACAUUGUCUAGACUCCAUGUUUUGUAACCAGCUGCAUUGCUGAUGUGUUUUGUGUAGUGCUAGUGCAUGUACAACCAAGCUCAAAGGAACUGAUUGUAUUAAUCAACUUAGGUCCUCUAAGUACUAGAAUCCUUAGGUACCCUGCACGUAGGCUUUAACCUAUCUGGAGCAACCUACGACAAUUAAACAAAAACUUUGUAAACAUUAGGAAUGGUUUUCAUUGCUUUUUUGUGUAGAACGUAGUGCUAUUAUCAAUUUAGUUUUCGUGGUCUUGAAGAUGUGUCGCAUAGAUUUAUCUGUAAAGGUGACUUACAUAUAGUGUAGGACUGUGCAACCUGCACUCUUACAUAACAAGCAGACAGCGUAGCAUGAUACAUGUCAGUAGCCUGGUUCCUACUUCAGAACAGUCUGUACUGUGGCAGUACUGUGGCAGCUGGGCUCCAUGUAGCAUGCAUUCAAGCCAGUCAUGUUGGUAAUGGUGUUAUUAGUUGCACAUAGUGUAAAGUUAAUGCUUCCUCAACUAGAACAUCCUAGUGGCAUGCAUUGCCUUUCUCAGAGUAAUUUUCUGUUGAGUAUUAAAUAAGUUGAUUACCAUAUAAACUUAGCCUAUGAGUAUCACAGAAACCCCAUAUGGCCAUGGGGGCAUACCCUUCCACUCCUGCUGUACCAUGCCAUACAUGUAUAUUUCUUUCAGCCAUGCACACCGUACUUUGUACAUGUAUUCAAGUGUCCUUACCAGGAAUGAUACAGUUUAAUGCAGGUAUUUAGAUCUGGGUCUGGUUAGAGAGAAUCUGUUUUUUUCUGCUUUAGGGAACUUUGUGUGAUUGUUUAAUUAAGACAUUAUGCCCGAAGGAAAUAGGCAAUGGCUACAUAGCUUGCGUAACAUCCUGAAUUGACCAUUCAUGAUCGACCAAACAAGAAUGGGAAUAACUAAAUAUAAAAAAAAACUUUGUGUAUUAAUGUAUGUGCAAGAGUAUAAUUUGUAUGCUUCAUUAUGGCACAGGUACAGAUACAUGUAUUUGUAGUUUUCAUCUCUUCUGAUACAUGCAUGUCUUUGUUACAAUGUGAUACCAAACAGACAUCUAGUGGCUAAACAUUUCAUCAUUGUCAUGUACAGAUGUGGCAAGAAGUUAUAAAACGGGACACAAGAAAUCAACUUUAUCAUGCAUGUAGGACUUUCACAUUUUUAUAUGGUGGCAUUUUUGUCCCAAAUUUUGCUGUAUUAUCAUGUUUGGAGUUUGGAGAAUAUACAUGUAGUUCACCUGCACUAUACAUACAUCUGUGUGUCCAUAUGGUUUUAUCACAUGUAUAAUAUAUGGAUGUUCCCAUGCUACAAGUGAACAAUGUUGGAAGCAAAGCCAAGAGUCACAAGCCAGAAAGAUGUGGACUCUUGUUGUGAAAUAUCUUUUGGGAAAUUAGCUAACUGAUUAUCUUACUGGAUUUUUUCCUGGCUGCAUAACCGAAAACAGUUUUUUUUACUAAUAACAAUAAAUAAUUGUGGUGGGUUCAGGAAUUUUAUGUUAAAAAAAGAAGAAGGAUUCAGCAUCAGCAUGCUCAGAAAGGGAAAGCCACAUGUUCUGACACUCCUACAUGUAUGUCUCCACAAAGGGUUCGGGAUAGGGUGAUAGGUUGCUGGAACAUACAUGUACUAGUAGGUUGAGGUGCCAGAACAUAAGGAGUGUUGGCACAUAGUGGUUUUACCGUUCUUAAAGUUCCUCACAUCUGCUGGGUGAAUUCGUGUGUUUGGUUGAACUACAUUAACCAGCAUACAUAGUAUACCUAGUUUUGUUUCACAAAAGUAAAGUGUGCACCAUUACGUGGUUUGGGAUAAAUAUUUGUUAUCACAUCAAUUUUAUUGUCACAUGAUUUUGCAAUUUGCUUGACAAUAUGGAGUAAUCAGCCGGGGAUCAUUUUGUACAAAGGAUGUCACCUUGAGAUUGUAGUAAUGGGUUCUGUUUUUGUUCUGCCAUGUCUGACUCACUUUUGUCCUUGGUUGUUUGUAAGAUGGCAAUAAAGAUUAAAUUGCAUGAAAACUUA